UCGUCCCUCUUGAAAUUAUUUGGUUUUUUGUUUUCUGUUUGGAUUUCCUUAGAAAAGUUGACUAAAAUUUUUUGUUGGUAAAUAGAACUUUCAAAAAAUCGGUUCGAAGAGUGUCAAGGUUCUAAAUUGAAAAAAAAAAGCUAUUCGACUUAGGCUUCUUCUGCCGUAAAAGUUGCCGUCGAUGUCAUAAAUGGAGCGUAAAGGUGCAACUUCGGAGUUUGCGCAAAAACAUAAUGCGAAAUCUGAGGAAUGCAUCGAACGGCAUCCGCAUAAUUUAUACAACAUAGGACGUCCUACUUGCGCAUCCGGCGGCGACAUUCCGGCAACGGUUGAAAAUUUGCAUUGCAAUUCAAAAAAUUCAAGUUUCCAAAAUUUAAGUUAUAAAACUCGACAAACUGUAGAUCACUUUGACAAAACUAGUCAGGAUCAGAACGAACUUCAUAUGAUUCAGAAUUGUCAAAGCGAUGCUAGUAAUUCUCUAGAGCAGAAUUUCUGUCCCAGUCCAAAGCGCAAAUUGGGUAAACACGGUGAAAUGGGAUCAAAGCUAAAAGCUGAACUCUCCAAAUACAAGAAAGAACUUAAAGAAUACAACAACACUACAAAGGACUUGGAAGAGAAGUACUUAAAAAUAAAUUUUGAACUUAACGAAAUGCAGCAGAAACACGAUCGCUUCGUAGCCAACCGCAGAAAGUCUUCAAACGAGAAUGAAGCCUAUUUGGAUAGCAGUAGUAGUACAGGUUCAGAGUAUUCCUUAAAACGAAAAUAUACUCAGGUUUUUCAUAGGGGAAGCAGCUUUAUGACAAUGCUACCCACAAAUACAUCGUCAAAUGAGAACAUCGAAAAAGGAUAUAACUCAAAGUCUAUUCCAGAGAAUGAUAAUUUGCGCAAGAAACGCAAAAAUCACAAUGCCACUCCCCCAACACAGUCAGAUUUUGCGAUCCGAAACAGUAAUCAAUCUGUUUACCAGAAGCGUAUAAACAAACGUAAGACGGAGAACAAGGAAAACGAACAUCCACCGCUAAUUGACAACACGAAUAUGCAUGCUCGCCAUCCCAAUCGAUCGGCAGGUCUGAAAGAUAUUUACAAGGUUUUGAAAAAUGUACUUGAUACAAACCAAAAAACUCAGACUUUCAAUAAGUCGGUAGAUCUGAAAGAACUACAAAACACAAUAGCGAGUCUACAGAGCGAGCAGCAGCAAUUUCGCAAUAUAAUCCAACAACAGCAGAGCUGCCUACAUGACUACCAUUCCAGAUGUAUCAAAGCACAGCAUAUUAUGCAGACACAACAACAUGAAAUCGAGAAGCUUAAUUCUAACAAUCAACAACUCGAAGCGGAGAUCACGUCCGGCAUUGACCAACUGCGUAGCAAAAUCGAUAGUAAGUUAAGAGACGUGGCACAUUUGCCACAAAUGAUGCGCGAAGAGCAAUCAAAGUACGAUAAGGUUUCAAAGGAGAAUAGUCUACUGGCAGAACGUUUGCGGUCAGUACAAAAUGAAGCAAGUCAACUCAAAUUAAAAAUUGAGGAGCUGGGCCGACGUAAAACUAUGACGAUUAACCGAUUAAAAGCUGCUGAACGUGAUUUGAAGAUAUUCAAGAACUACAAUACGGCGUUGAAGCACGAGAAAAUGAAACUAAAUGACGAACUGCAAAAACUGAAAGAUCAGUUGGAAAAUGUUCAGACUGCCAGCAAACGUACACUGUCCCGACAACGCGAACAAAGUGACAAACAAAGGCGUGAACUCCAGAAGCGCGUGUUCGAGCUUGAACUGAAACUCAGUCGCAGUCAAAAUUCCACAACAAGUCUGAUACAGGAACGUGACAGCCUAAUUGCCGAGUUACAGACCCAGCUUAAUACAUUGGUACAUAAUUUCGAAGUUUCACAGAAACACAUACGUGUACUUCGCAGACAUAUCUAUUCGAUGUCCGGCGGGAAUGUUCGAAACAACAACCGUGUUGUUAACGAAUCUGCCUAAUUCUAUGUUCCAAGCCACGCUUUCUCAGUUUACAUAACCUGUGUAUCCUUUCUUCAUUUCUUCUUCCACGACUGCUAGUUUCUUUGGAUUUCCCAGUGUGAAAAUAGAGAAAUAGUUUAAAAAAUAUUUAUGCAGUCUAAUUAAAUGAUUAAGCCGAAUAAAUAUUUUCUAAACUAUUACUACGCAGCCGAUCUAUUCAACGCACACACUAUGAAAUCCAAUUGACACUAGGACAGGCCAUGGAAUAUCUAAUGAAGUAUAAAAAUGCGUAAUUGAUGAUUAUUGUUUUAUUGUAAGAUGUUUUCAAUAGGGUUUCCCCAUAAAAUUUGUAGUAAAAAAUUAAAAGUAAAAGUUCCUUGAUAAUAUUGUGAAGAAAAAAAAUGAGAUUCAAU